AUUGCGAAUGAUGGAUGGGUAUUUGGGUACUAUCCAACCCGAACCCCCCACGAGUAUACACAUGCUUUUGUAUUUUAUUUAGAAAUUAUCAUUAUUUUCUAACAUAUUUGAUAUUUAUCAUAAAUAUAUAAUAUUUUUCAUGAAAGUGUAUUUAUUUUUAAAUAUUUUCUUCAUUUUAGCAAUUUAUCGUCGUAAUUUGUCAUUUAUGUAAUGUCAACAUAUAUGUUAACUUAACAUAUUGGUUAAAAUUAUAAAAAAAAAUAUUAUCCAUGAAUAACAGUAAAUAUCUAAAACCCGAUUGAGUAUAAGUAUGGUUCUAAUAUUCUACUAGAUUCUUAUGGGUAAAACCCAAACUUUUUCGUUUAGGGUAAUAGAUAUGCAAUAUCCAGCCCCGACUCGACCCAUUGUCAUCACUAAUGGAAAAUAAGGAUUAACAAUAAAGUUUAACAUAAUUUUUAUUCGAGUCUCCUGCUAUUUCUUAAUUUUUGAUUGAUCACCGAAUCACUGAUUCACCUGCUAAGAUGACUAUUUCAUCGAACAUACAUUUGUACUUUGAAAUAAUUAUUAAACAUGUUAUCUGUUAAAAUUUACAUUCAAAAUCGUCAAUCACAAUAUAACCAUAAUUUAAAUGACAUAAAUGUCAAAUAAUUUCAGUUUAAUGUUCUGUUAUCUAUUUUAUAUAGUACAAUAUUCCUAAUAGUAUUAUUAUUUUUUUGGUGAUACCUAAUAGUAUUGUUUUAACGAUAUAAAAAUAAAUAAAGAAAUAAAAAUGACAUUUUUUCUUUCUAUUUUCCGACACAAGAAACUCUUCGACCUGCAAAGACCACAACCUAUAAUUUAUUAAUUUGGUGCGGAUAACUAUAGACGUUUCUGAUUUUAAUUUACGAGGGAAAAUCAAAGACAAGCAAAAAAAAAAAAAGUCUAAGAAAAAAAUAGGGGAAAGAAGCCGAAAAUGGUUGUGUGAGCCACGAACCUCCUAUAAAUUUAUUACCAAUCCAAAACACGACUGAAAAUCUUGGAUAUUAUUAUCCGCCAUUCCCACAGCCUCAAUCGGUGGUGCUAAUCUUCUUCUCCUUUUCCUCGUCUCCCCCAUUUCUUCACCAAUCAAUCCGUCUCUCCCGCCAUGGAUCCCUACAGGCAUCGUCCUUCCAGCGCUUUCAAUUCUCCGUUCUUCACCACCAAUUCUGGCGCUCCAGUAUGGAACAACAACUCGUCGAUGACUGUUGGACCUAGAGGUCCAAUUCUUCUGGAGGAUUAUCAUCUGGUGGAGAAGUUGGCCAACUUUGACAGGGAGCGAAUUCCAGAGCGUGUUGUCCAUGCCAGGGGUGCAAGUGCAAAGGGUUUCUUUGAAGUCACUCAUGAUAUCUCUAAUCUCACUUGUGCUGAUUUCCUCCGAGCUCCAGGAGUUCAGACUCCUGUGAUCGUUAGAUUCUCCACUGUUAUCCAUGAACGUGGUAGUCCUGAAACUCUGAGAGACCCCAGGGGUUUUGCAGUAAAAUUCUACACCAGAGAGGGGAACUUUGAUAUGGUUGGAAACAACUUCCCAGUCUUCUUCAUCCGUGAUGGCAUGAAGUUCCCAGACAUGGUGCAUGCUCUCAAGCCAAACCCUAAAUCUCACAUUCAGGAGAACUGGAGAAUCCUUGACUUCUUCUCCCAUCACCCUGAAAGUCUGCACAUGUUCACCUUCCUCUUUGAUGACCUCGGCGUUCCUCAAGACUACAGACACAUGGAAGGUUCCGGUGUCAACACCUAUACCUUGGUCAGCAAGUCAGGCAAAGCUUAUUAUGUCAAAUUCCACUGGAAGCCCACUUGUGGCGUAAAGUGUCUGUUGGAUGAUGAGGCAAUUAAAGUUGGUGGUGCUAAUCAUAGCCAUGCUACCCAAGAUCUGUAUGACUCCAUUGCAGCUGGAAACUACCCUGAGUGGAAGCUUUUCAUCCAGACAAUCGAUCCAGAUCACGAGGAUAGAUUUGACUUUGACCCACUUGAUGUCACCAAGACCUGGCCUGAAGAUAUCAUUCCUCUUCAGCCGGUCGGCCGAUUGGUCUUGAACAAGAACAUUGAUAAUUUCUUUGCUGAGAAUGAGCAGCUUGCAUUCUGCCCUGCACUUGUCGUUCCUGGGGUGUACUAUUCUGAUGACAAGCUGCUUCAGACAAGGAUCUUCUCAUACUCUGAUACCCAGAGGCACCGUCUUGGACCGAACUAUCUGCAGCUCCCUGCUAAUGCUCCCAAGUGUGCUCAUCACAACAAUCACCAUGAAGGUCUCAUGAACUUCAUGCAUAGGGACGAGGAGGUGAAUUACUUCCCCUCAAGGUAUGAUCCAGUUCGCCAUGCUGAGCAAUUCCCCAUUCCUCCUCAAAUGUGCACUGGAAAGCGUGAGAAGUGUGUGAUUACGAAGGAGAACAACUUCAAGCAACCUGGGGAGAGAUACCGCUCCUGGGCACCCGACAGGCAAGAACGAUUCAUCUGCCGAUGGAUCGAUGCCCUCUCUGACCCCCGAGUCACCCAUGAAAUCCGCAGCAUCUGGAUCACAUACUGGUCACAGGCCGAUAAGUCCCUCGGUCAGAAGCUAGCAAACCGUCUCAAUGUGAGGCCGAGCAUUUGAAGACAUUCGAAGAAGAAACGCACAGCGCGAUGUUUCUUGAGAAGAAGUGCCUGGAGAGUUGAAAGAGAUGAUGAUUCCAUCCAAGGAAAGAAAAGAGAAAAUGGACACUUUGAUUCUGUGCCCGUAAUGUUGUACUACAGUGUGUUGAAACAGAACCUAUAAUGUGUUUGUCUGCAACCCAGAUCUGUGUUUACUGUCUAAUAAUCAUAUAAGCUGAAAGAGGAACAUGAACCGAACCAUAUGUUUUUGUUUAAUAAUUGCAUGCAAUUUGUAUGCACUUUGGGUCCUUAAAGAUGCCUUGGUUCGAAAUGUGGUUCUUUUGGGCUUCGGCCCGAUCUUGCUCAACGUCUUUUCAAUUAGCGGGCCCAAUUUUCGUAAACUAUUGGUUUUCAUAGGCUCUUGUUGUGGUUAUGAGUUAUGACCACAAAUUUUGAUGAGAUGAGGAGAUGGAUAGUUUUUUCAAGGUUCAAAAUGAAACGUCGGGUUCUGAUUAUUGGAGGGUGGUCUGUCUUGUUGCGGCUGGGCCUAAUUCGUCAGAUUUUGUAGGGAUUUGAAAAUGCAAGCUGUGGCGAGUUAUCACCAUUAACACUAUGGAUGGGUCAACAUUAGGGGAUUAUAUGGUUGUGGAGAGAAUGCUUUGAGAGGUUCAACAUGAUUAGUUGGUCAGGUUUUGCUAAACUCAAACCCAACCCAACCUGCAGGGUAUUCGCGGAUUUAUGGGUACCCACGGGUUUUUGUAGUAAAAAAUUUACAAUAACAAAUUCCUAUCAAAAUUAAAGUCAAAUAUCAAC